CGACGGAAACGCACACGAAACUAAACGCGACGCCAAAAUUAUUUAUAUUUUGUUAAAAAUAUAAUAUUAACAAAAAAUAUAAUAUAAAAAAAAGUAUUAUUUAAAAAAAACUAUACAUUUUUUUUGCUGUUUAAUAUUAAAGUUGUGCUGCAAACAAAAAACCUACAGAAAUAAAGCACCCACUACAAGAACCAGAAUCAGAGCUCUAGACUCCAGCCAAGAUGCUCAAGUGGGCCGUCAACCAGCCGCGACCCUCGUACUUGGCCCGGGAGGAGACCCCCAGUGUUGUCCCAGUGACCACCACCACCAGCUACAGCGAGUUCCAUGCCUUGCGGGGCAAGCUGAAGCGUAAGUCGCUAUGCGUGGGCCAGGGCAAGGAGAACCAACUGACCUCCACACCGCUGCCAGCCAGCGCCGCCUCUCUGGCACCACGCACGCCGCUGCUCAAGGAUCUGAGCAACAUCCUGGCCACGCCACCCUCAGGAAAGGGUAGAGGAACAGAAGCAGGAAAAGGAGCUGAAGGAGGAGCAGUGGCUCCUGCCAAGUACGCCUGCACCCUGCCCACCUUCGAGGCGGAGUACUCUCCCACGGCGGCCAUCAUCCCUGGUCCCCUGAUCGCCCUGCGAGGCAUGGGAGUCCCGGACAGCUACUUCGAGAAGCCGCGCUACCUGGAGCAGAAGCCACUGCCUGCUCCGCAGCCUUCUGCCCAGAAGGAGCAGCAGCAGCAGCAGCAGCCAGGCAGCACCACGCUCAGCUCCAGCCAGAUGGGCGAUGUGACUCUGGAGCGCAUGAUCGACGCCAUUCUGGAGAGCAACCGCAAGGCACCGCCACCACGCCAGCGCCAGCCGAGGCAGCAUCUCCGCCAGCAGCAGAUGCGGCACAGGCAGCAGCUCCUGAGAGUCACCUCAAGCUCUAGAAUCCCCUCGGGGACCCACUCGCCCACCUACCGCCCCGCCUUCGACCCGGCCAGCGACCUGUGCGAGUACUGGAAGUCGCCCUCGCGGAGGGACUCCCUGCCCGCCGACGGCUUCGAGGAGCGGGAGGUACGCUCCCCCCUGGCCACCGCUAACUGUGCCACCUCCCAGACCAAGUCCAAGUCGCUGCAGCUGCAGCUGCGCAGGCAGCGAGUGGUAAGGCGCAAGCGGAAGAUUGCCACCAAGAUCUCCUCCAGCGUGAGGCAGUCGGCACAGAAGCUGCUGGCCGCGGCCAGAACUGGGGCACCGCCGGCUAAGAUGCAGCGCCACAUCAGCCCGGACAGCGGACACAACUCCACCAGCGACUGUGAGCUGGAGGAGGAUCGGCCGCUGGGUGGCCUGGAUGUGGGUAAUGAGGACUUGGAGGCUUCCUGCCAAAUGGAUGCCAAGUGGCUGCAGUCGCAGGUGCGAGAGGCCACCAAGCGACGCCUCAGCUUCUCCCUGGCGGACCGCAGUUGA